UAUUAGAGUUUUUAGGUCUCGCCGGAUGAAAGUUCUGCAAUGCCCGUCGUGCCUCUUCAAGGUGAGAAAGAGAUAGAAGGCCGAGGGGGAGGGGAGGAGAAUCGCGGGAGAGAGAGAGAGGGAGCGGUGGGAAGACGUCGGCGAUGAGGGAUGGGUACGGCGGCGGCGCCCACGACACGGCGGCGAGAAUCCGGUGGCAGCGGGAAGCGGAGAGGCGUAACAUCCACGAGUUCAAGAACAGGUCCGCCUAUGCGGGCACCUCCGAGGGUUUACAUCGGCAAGAAGAAGAUUACGAAGAGGAAGAAUAUGAUGAAUAUGGGGAGGAACCUUUCGAGCCAGAGGAAGAACAGGAACCAGAACCUCCAAAGCCCACCAGGGAGGAGCAAGAAUUUCUCAAAUUGAGGGAGCAGCUAAAAGAUAAGAUUAGACAGAAGUUGAAGAAACAAAGCACUCAUGCUUUUGGUCGUUUAUCUCAAUCCCAAGACAAUAAAAGGACAACAGCAAAUGACAAAUUUGGCUCCUUCUUUGGCCCUUCACAGCCUGUUAUUGCUCCACGGGUCAUUGAAGAAAGCCGUUUGAUUCGGGAGAAUAAGCAUAUUGUGGCUAAGGUUUCAAGUUCUGGUAGCAAAAGAGAUCCCACGUCUUCAGAAGUAAAGAGCCAAGUACAUCAUCAGCAAGCAAGAGUUGUUAAUGAGCUACAAAGGAAGGCACAGACACUUAAAGACAUGCGGGACUAUUCCUUUCUACUGUCAGAUGAUGCUGAUCUUCCCACCUCUGAGAAGGAGCAGCCUUUAACUAGAAAUGUUUCUGCUCCAAAGGCUGAUGGUCCGUCAGCCCCAACACCAUUAAAGAGCAGGAUACCUACAAGUAAACCUGUAAAGCCAGCCUUGAAUGGUUAUGAAUUGAAGAAGCCAGCUUCUACCAUUCGACCUAUGCAAACCAAAGUAGGUUCUGUGAAAGAAGCUCCUGUGAACAGACACAAGCCCGCUUCAACUGAACCAAGAAAAGUGCUUGGUGGUGGUGCUGGAAAUGGGUCUGUCCAGACUACAGGAAACAAGGCUCUACCCUGCAAGGUUCCUGCUCAGAUUUCCAGUUCAAAGAGGCCUGCUGGGAAGGUUAUAAUUGAUCCUAGUUUAAAGAAGAACACUUCAUCUGCAAAGCCACAUUCUUCUGCUCAAAAGUAUCAUCCUGAACAGAAAAGAGUAACCCAAGUACCAGAUAGAAUAAAAACAACACCGAAAGAGCCACUGCCUUCCUCAAAACCUCAGCUUUCUAAGCAAUUCCAAUCACGGGGCAUCCGUGAUGACUAUUCAAAGAAAAGGCCUGCGACAAGACACUUGGAUGAAGAGGAAGAUGAUGUUGAUGAUGUUCGUGGACUCAUCAGAAAAAUGUUUAGGUAUGACCCUAAUAAAUAUGCAGGGGAUGAUGCAGAUGACAGUGACAUGGAGGUGGGGUUUGAUACCAUCCAGAAGGAAGAACGGAGGAGUUCCAAGAUUGCUAGAAGGGAGGAUGAAGAGCAGCUUCUCCUCAUUGAGCAAGAGGAGGAAGAAGAGAGACGAAGGAAGCUAGUGAGAAAGAAACAAAUGCUACGCCGGCAGUAGUAGUGCUGUGUUAAACCAUACUGAUGAAGGGUAUUCAUUGCUAAACUCCAUCUUCUUGAUGUAAGGGUAAUGAGAUAUCAAAGAUGGAACGGCUUUGCUGCUUUUCCAGGGUUACAAUUUCAGUCAUGGAAAGAUCAUUUUGAGUGCUCAACUGAUGUAACUAAUUUAUGUACAAAAUCAGUGCUGUGAACACUCAAUGUGGCCUUCAGACUGAGCCAUAUCCAGCGAGUUGCUCGGCGUGCCUGUGGGAAUGCAAGUGAAGAAAACUAAGCCCAUUCAUCAUACAAGAUGGUACAGUUCCUGAGUUCCUACUGGAUCACAUCACAAAUAUGCAUUGAUCACAUCACAACCUUUGACCUGACGCGGAAUCAUAACUAUAAUGUUAUUUUUGACGGCAUCAACUUUAUUUUGUUUUCUUAUUGCCAUUUUCUACUGAUGCCAGAUCCUAGGCCUUGAGACCUACUUGAGUCUCUUGUAAUUUCAUUGUCUUGUUUGUCUCCAUUAUUUUGAAUAAUGAAUAAGGAGUAAGGUGAGUAAUCUGAGGUAAAUUUUGCUUUCCUC